AUGGAAGGUGAAAAUAAUAUAUACAAAGUAUCGAGCCCUUGGCUGAAAUCGGGCAGAACCUUACAGGAAGGUUCAAUUCCAUCUAUUUCUAACAUCAUUAAGUCAACGAGUGGGACUCGUUCCCAAAAAACAUUGAGAGAAUGGCGAAAGCUCAAACUUGAUCUUGCUAAGACCAAUGCAAGGAAGUCAUAUUUGAUUGCUUGCCGCUCACAUAAGAUACUACCCGAAAAAUUAUUCAGACAAAAAUGUGGAUCGCUACACUUCUACAGUUCACACUUGAACGAUAUGUGCCGAAACUUACUUGAUAAGGUAAAUUCCAAAAUCCUAGAUUUAUUUAUUGCUGAUGUACACACUAAAGUCGCCCAUCUACACAAGCGUCUCAAUGGACUACGCACGUCCAUCGACAGACUACCGAUGUCUACUCAAGCACGCAACGUUUUUCUGGAGAUCACCAAUUACAUGAGUGCACAGGCUUACCACCGGAUAUCUUCAUGUCUGACAAAAAAGUUUGAUCGGUCGUUGCAUCGAAAAACCAGUGCGCAAUUUCAAAAUAAAGAUCUUUGCAAUUCUUGGGUAGUGAAUCUCUCGAAGAAGGAGCUACCACCGGAGGUACUCGAAAUUGCAUCUCUCGGAUCUAAACAUCUCUUACCGACAAGAUGGCGCCAGGAAAAUAUCGUCAAUAUGGUGAAAAAUGUUGAAUCGAGUUUAUUUCACACGGGUUUUGAAGACAACAUCAAAGACGAAAUCCGCAAUAUAGUUAUAAGGAAUUAUAAGAACACACGUAAUAAUUCACCUCUUGUGAAACAAGAGGAGAUACUACUACGUAAGAUGAAAUUUACUAAAUCCUUUCUUAGAGAGAAUUCACACAUUUUUUUCACUCGAGCCGAUAAAGGCAACGCGACGGUAUGUAUGGAUAAAAGCCUUUACACCAAAAAGAUGUCUGAUUUACUGAACGAUAAGGAGACUUACGAGAUGGUAAAACGCAAUCCUCUACCAAAACUAAUCAAAAACACGAAGGAUAUCUUACUCGCUUUGGAUGCUGACUUGAAAAUUCAGCGCACUCAGUUUGAGAGGUCAUUAAGUGAAACAUCUUUGGCGCGAGCCUAUGGUUUACCGAAAAUCCAUAAGCCCGAUGCGCCAUUGAGACCAAUUAUUUCCCUCGUGGGUAGUCCGACUUACAUCGUGGCCAAGUUACUAUACGAAGAAAUCGUUCCUCAUGUUAAGCGACCAAGGUCACACAUCAACAACAGCUUCGAUUUGAAAGAAAAAAUGCAUAGCAUAACCAUUCCUCCCGGUUACAUUUUCCUAUCUCUGGACGUCUCAAGUUUAUUUACGAGUAUACCGGAGCUUUUGGUCUUAAAUGCGUUGGACAGAAGAUACACAGAGUUGUCACAGUCUAGAUUGUCGUUUGAUAAAAUACGCAAGAUGACACAAUUUAUGUUCCAGAACACGUUUUUUGCCUUCAAUAAGAUCUACUACCGACAGAGGUUUGGCACACCUAUGGGAAGUCCGAUCUCGCCACUGUUCGCAGACAUAGUCAUGGACGAUCUCGAGCAGUGGUGUUGGAAAGAAUUGGAGAAGCUGGGCUGUAAUGUUCUUUUUUACCAUCGUUACGUGGAUGAUACCAUCCUCUGCGUACACGAACAGUACAUAAGUUCGGUAGUUCGUGUGUUCAACAGUUAUCACCCGGCAUUGAAGUUCACUUACGAACAAGAAAAUCGAGGACAUAUCAACUUCCUGGACAUGACUCUGAUUAACCGUAACGGUAAAGUGUGCACAAAUUGGUAUAGAAAGUCGACCAACACCACAAGACUCCUCUCCUUCAAGUCAAAACACUCGACCCAACAGAAGAUCAAUAUUGUGUACAACUUGACUGACCGAGCUAUUUUGUUGUCUGACAAGAGUUUUCAUGCCAGCAACUUAAAUAUUGUCUCCUGCUUGUUGCAUCUCAAUGACUACCCACGGAGGUUCAUUGACAAAUAUAUAAACAUCAGACUACAAGAGAUCCAAAGGAAGAGGUCGAUUCGUGAAGACGAAGUUUUGUCUGCCAAGAUCGAUGUGAGACCCUUCACUAUGUGUUUGCCAGCGGUAAAUACCUUCUUUGAUCGGUGCCUAAACACACUGAAGAAAUACAACAUCAAGGUUAUACCACUACAGGACCGAUCGAUGGCUCCAAUCAUAAAACUUGGCAAGGAUUGUGUGGAACCAAUGGAUACCGUUGGUGUGGUGUACCAACUACAAUGCAACAGCUGUGAUACUGGUUACGUGGGCGAGUUAAAAAGACCUCUAAAAACGCGAAUAAAAGAACAUGAACGAGCUUGUAAGAAAAAAGAUCACGAUUCAGUCGUUGCGCUUCAUACCUUACGCAACCCCGGUCAUGAUAUGAGGUGGGACCAAGUUAGGAUUUUAGACAGAGAGACAAAAUAUUGGCCCAGAAUGAUCUCGGAGAUGAUACAUAUCAAUAACCAACGCAAUGGUUUGAACAAGAAAGAGGAUAUUGACAAACUUAACAGAGUUUAUUUCAACAUUUUAAAAUAA